GGUUCGCGCCGGCCCGCCAGCCCGGGGCGGCCGCUGUGAGGAGAAAAGGGGGCUGCCGGUCUGCCUGCUGCUAUGGAGCCGGGAGAAGAGGAGGAGAAAGAGGAGGAGGAGGAGCGGGUUCCUCCUAUUGCGACAACUCCACCACAUCGUGGCUGGAACGAAGAAUCAUUAAGCCGCAGCAGUAGCGAAACCCAGGCAUCAGUUACCAGUGGGAUCUCCCUAGGAGAAGCAAUACGUCAGAAAACUGCCACUAAUUGGGAAAUCGAGUCAUGGUAUCAACUUCCAGCAGAAGUGGAUGCCAGCCAUUUAACUGCUGCCUCAGAGACAAAGCUUGGCCUGACUUGCAAUAGAAAUGACCUGACGGAGUUCCCUACGCUGGAGGAAGGAGUGUUGCCUUCAGCAGAAGCAUCUAGAAGGCAGUCUCCUGGAGAUACAGCACAUGGCUUACUGCUGGGAAGGACAUUACUGUUUUUUCCACAUGGGGUUCAGUCUUCUGAUGUCAUCCCCACCAGCCUGAAUACAGGGAAAGAACAUGCAUGCAGCUGUUUCCAGUAUCAUAGAUGAGAGAAACAUUAACUGCUAAUUGGUACUUGCAUGCAAGUAGUUGUUGCUGCAUUCAAGUACAGCAUUCUUCAGGCUGUAUUCAUGUAGGACAGAUGAAUUUGCUAUAACUCCAUUUUUCAUAAUACGUUUUUAGCUCUAUUAAUACACCAUUAGUGAUACAUCAAGCUCUCACUUUAGGUAUCCAAAGUGACUGAUGGAUUAUUUUCGGUAAUGCUAGUGGGGAUUGUGCAUCUAUUAUUUGGCAGUCAUCUUUAUUUUUUGAUGUAAAAGAUCCUGGUUUUUAUUUCUUCUAAUGACAUGGUUGUAUUCUGUUCCAUGCCUGGAAUUUACACCAAUCUAGACACUCGGUUUUUGGUGUUCUCUCUGCCCUGCCUUCCCCCUGCCCCGCCCAUGACUGUUCAGAUUAUUUAUGUGAUUAUUUAUAUUUUUGUGGCAAUAAACCACUACUUGUAGUGUUUAAUAUUCUAUUAGUGGUCCUUAUUGCUACCACUUGCAUUUGGGUGCAAUUUAUAUUACUGCCAGUAAUAUUUUCCAGUUUUAACACCUCUACUUUAGAAAAGCUAAGCGUUUCUAUUGAUUCCUUUCACAUCUAAUCAUCACAGUUUAGUUCAAGAUUGGUUUGAGAAGUUCCAAGAUUUAAUAUUUCACCUUUAUCUGUUCUUGGUUACAUUAACUUUUCAUCCAUGUGGAGUCGGAGUAUUCUGGUCAAUUCUGGUUGUAUAAUUUUUAGUCCACUGGUAGUAGUACAUCUUUGAAAAAGAAAACUUCUCUUAUAAUGCAGCAUUAUUCUCUGCAUCUUAAGACACAAACCAUAUUGCUGAUUCAUUGUAAAAAUUUCUAAUAAUCCUCAAAAUGGUGGAAAUGGAGAUGCUUACUUUUUUCAGUCGUUGCUGUUAAUCAUAGGAAACACAUCU